ACUCCUCCCCCCAUCUGCUCCAAAUCCAGCUCCUCCUCUCCCCUCGAGCUCCCCUGGCAGGCAUCGACGAUCCAAAGCUAGCGCAACCGCCUCCCUAUUUGAGGAUCCCACCGACCUCCUCUUCUUCCCCCACGACACGAUCGAGGAGCCACGAAUCCAAUUCCCAGCCGAGAAAGCGAAUCUUUGAGGCAGAUCAACAUCCAUGGCGGCGGUGAUGGUGGCGAGGCAGGGGCGGGAGCUGCAGCGAUACAGCGACAGCACCGGCGGGCGCGUCGUGGUGGGGUGCAUCCCGUACCGGCUCCGCGCGGGCGGCGAGGUGGAGGUGCUGGUGAUCAGCUCGCAGAAGAAGGGCCCCGCGGGGGGCGUGCUGAUCCCCAAGGGCGGGUGGGAGCUGGACGAGUCCAUGGACGAGGCGGCGCGGCGCGAGGCCGCGGAGGAGGCCGGCGUGGUCGGGGAGACGGGCCCCGCGCUGGGGCGGUGGUGCUACCGCAGCCGCAGCUACGACGCCACGUACGAGGGCUUCGUGCUCCCGCUGCGCGUCACGGCGGAGCUCGACCGGUGGCCCGAGAUGGGCGCCCGCCGCCGCGAGUGGGUCUCCCCCGCCGAGGCCGUCGCGCGUUGCCCGCACGCCUGGAUGCGCGAGGCGCUGCAGCGCUUCGCCGGCACCGUCGCCGGGGCCGAGGCCCAGGCCGCGGCGGCCCUCCUCGGCUCCGCCCUGUAGCCGGGGCGCGCGGGCUCUGCUCCGGCCUCGCGCGUUUUUCGGCCGGCCGGACGCGCGCGCGCGGCCGGAGGCUCCGGCUGCUCCUCCGCCGCCGGCGGCGGCGGAACGGAGAUGUGGGUACACGGUCACGGUAGUAGAUCGGCGAUGGGGCGCGGCCAUUGUGCUGCGACCAAAUCGAUGUCACGAGGACACGGCUCUGUACAGUCUUGGCUGAUUGGGGAUUUUUUUUUCUCUCAGAAGAAACAUGUAAAUCUGACGUAGUAGUUGACACAAUUCAUCAUUGUGACACGAGCAAAGGAAUUAAAAACGGCGGCAAAGAUUCACCAAUGACCAA